AUGGCGGCCGCGAUGCCUAGGGGAAUGCGAAUUCUGCACGAAUGCAGAGGGCUCGCAAUUCGGACGAGACACGCUUGCAGAAGACCGCAGUUGCCGCCACAGCUGCUACACGCCUAUCGGUUCCAAUCAAAUGAUGCGAACAACCGGACCCCGCGCGCGACCGGAUCGGAUGCCGCCAGCGAGUCCAGCGUCACUGCAGAGGCAUCCCCUUACAACCCCCUUGACCGAAUCGACGAUGCGGCGCUCGAGCAGAUGCUGUACGGUGGCCGAGCGACCAAACAAGGUGGCCUGACGCAAGCGCAAGAGGAGGUGUUGUACCGCGAUGGCGCCAUUCCGCCUGCAGAGGAAGCCGAGGCCGUGCUGGCCGUAGAGGGCGCUGAGGAAGCCGAGCUCGAAGAGGCCGGCGAGAGUGGCAAGGGCGGCGAGGAUAUACAGAAGCUGGGACACAAAUGGCCUCUGCCGCAAAAGCCGUACCCUGACGACUUCAAUGUGAAGAAGCGAUACCAUCCCGUGGUGCAGCAGAUUGUGAGGCUGAUGAUGCGAGAUGGCAAGCUGGCCACUGCGCAAAGGAACCUGGCAAUGACGAUGAACUUUCUCCGAAUGGCGCCCGAACCGACCUUUAGCCCCAAGUUCCCGCUGCUGCCUGGGACGCCGCCGGCGUCGCACCUGUCUCUGAACCCGAUUCUGUACCUGACGGUGGCCAUUGACUCGGUGGCGCCGCUGAUCCGGGUCAAGCCGAUUGCGGGCGCGGCGGGCGGUGGGCGGGCGCUGGACAUGCCACAGCCGUUGACGGUGCGGCAGCGCAGGCGGCGGGCGUUUACGUGGAUCCUGGAGGCGGUGGAAAAGAAGCCGAGCAAGGGUAGCGGGCGGGCGCAGUUUGCGCACCGACUGGCAGAGGAGAUUAUCGCGGUGGUGGAGGGACGAUCGUCGGUGUGGGAUAAGAGAAAGCUGGUGCACAAGCAGGGCACGACGGCGCGCGCCAACGUCGACAAGAAGCUGACGAUCAAAAAGGGCCCCAGCAAGUAA